CAGGGUGACACGCAUAUUUGUAUUCAUUGGUAUUACGUCUGUUGUAUUUGCAAAGUUCAAGAUGUUGUACCGGCCUGAGGGGCGGUUCGCCAUCGAACCGGAGUUCCUGACUGUGGAUCCUCCUCCCCGAGUGCUAAUUCCGCGGGCUUCUAAUUCGCCAUCACUUAGCAGCAUUGGAACGCAUAGUUCACGUUACCCUGAUAGUGAAAAAACAGGCCACAUUCAAGGGCAAAAUCGUACAGGAUGUUAUUCGCAAGGCGACACCAGUUCGCCUUCGGACUGCUCCGGUCCAGAAGUUCAAAACUUGAGUAGAAGUAUUCCUGUGGAACAGGUGGCAGCGUCUGUUAGGUCUUCAAAUAAAACGAACUUGUACAAUUACAUGUUGGUACCUGCGCCCAAGCUUUCGAAUGGCCAGAGUCCCGUGCAGACACUUGAUGGAAACAUGUCAGCUAAAUCAGACAAUGAACCUAAAAAAAAGCCAAAAAUAGAUUACGCUUCAGUUCUCAGCCGUAGAGCUACACCAAACCUGGGUAGUGCAUCCUCGCGAGCCACUGUCAGCAGUUGGGAUUUGCGGGACUUACCCCGCGACAAACCUGAUCGAAAAUCAAAUAACCGUAUUUCUUUCGAGGAUCUAAUAACCUCCAGGCACAACAGCCCCUAUAGGUGUAACCAGUCACAAGAUUCUUCUGAAGACCGUAAAUCGGAUGUGUGUGAUUCAUCGCUGUCACGCCAGUCAGAACCUUCGUCGUUAGAUGACUACUUCAUGUCGAAGCGUCGAUCCUUUACUGUUGCCCCGAAGACUCUUUCGAGUCUUCCGGUGAGCUCUGGCAAUCUGGAAACACAUGAGAAGUCAAAGCGGAGACAGACUUCACUCGACGAUCUUCGAAUAAUCCCGAUUACUUCGGGUUCAACGCAGACACGUCAGGCGAUUCGUCCCGAAGGUCCAAUAGUCAGCUCAUGCGAGAGAACUCCUGACUUUCAACUCGGAGUUCUUUCGUUAUCAUCUUGGGCUAAACAACCGAAGCCGGUUUUACCGACAUUAACUUCAACGCAGCAAUCGUACAGCACACUAUUUAAGGCAAAACUCAGCAGGGACCCUAACAAGAUCUUUGAUUGGACAUCCUCUCCGUCAGCGGAGCCCUCUUUUGCUCCUCCUGAGCUACCAGCAAGGGAAAGGGAUCCGCCCAGAAAUUUCGGUUCAAGAUUUAGAUCUCUCACAGAUCUUCAAUAUUCGGAAGGAUUGGACCAGAUGCCGACUAAGCCGCUACCGAGUCAAUAUCACUCGUCUAAAGAGCUCAGACCUGUUAUUCCGCUAGACUCAACGGGUUCAGUCAAAAGGACGCACAUGACAAACGAAACCUCCACACGCGGAACGGCGCAAACCCCUGGAGUGCUCCCCUUGAGUCGAAAUAGUUGCACUGAAAGCCUGUCGAGGACACAUCCAAUUGACAGUCUGAAAAUGAACCUCGAAGUGUCAACCAUGGUCGCCUCGCAAGCACAACAAAACAUUUCACCUCCACUGCCCUCAGUCGCGACCGUUGCAGAGGGACUGAUCUUCAGUGACUCCUCUAAAUGCCAGCAAAGCUUAGAAGAAGGGGAGGGUAAAACUAAACUGGAAGAAAUAUCAGAUAAUAUCGGAUCUGCAGAAAAUAGCACGCUCACUUCUAUCGAGCGUCAAUCGGGACAGAGCCUGCUUAGAAAUAGAAAUACGGGCAAGGGAAGCCCCGAGUUAGCUGCAGUUUCAACCGAUCGCCACCCUGAUUCCAUGGUGAUUGCUGGAGCGCAGUCAAAUGCGGAUGACGAAUGGAUACGACCAGCUGGGUCAAUCACAAGUCCAAGUACCUCAAACAAUUCGCCGCUGGAAGAUGGCAAGACGGAACGCUUUCAACCAGGGGCAGUUUCAUUGUACCCCCCUAUGAAUCCACUAAAACCCCAAAGAAGUAACUUGCCACAGGAAUAUUCGAAAUCAGGCACUACAGCAAGUCACAUGAGCGGCCCGACCAACCCGUUUGGUUCCGACGAAGAAGUUAGUGAUACAGUUGUUCGAAGGAAAUCACAAACGCUAGAUCGAUGUGAGGAGAAAUUGUCACAUCAAAGUACCGUACCAUUGUCGCGCUCUGCGAUAACUUACUCAAAACUGUUAUGCCCCUUUGUGGAUGCCUCCGAUUCCGAUCAGAAGGACGAUCUCGAUAAUCUGCUUCCUGUAUCGGUCGCUCCUUCGCGCUCGAGCGCUCUACGAUGCGAUGAAUUAACGAUUCGCCGGAACUCCUACCCUGAGGAAAACAAUCCGUUUGGUACGCAGUACCAUGGGAUCGACACCGAUUUGUUGACUACUUCCACGAGCUACAACUCUCGGAACGAACCACGUUCAGACGUUAACACCCCAGUGGGAACUUUACCACGAAAGUUUGGAGGUAUGGGUCUGGCAUCGGCUUGGCCAACAGCAAUGGUUAAGUCAUCCCCUGAGACCUACGAUAAAUCUUUGAAUCCGUUUACCGAGCCGGAGAGCGAAAGCUUAACAUCAGUGGCGUCUUCCAGUAUCAUUUCAACAGCAUCAGUAUCAGCACCAGAUUCCGCUAGCAAACCACCCGUUCCACCGAGAAGCAUAAACAAUAAAAACCGCAAAAAAAAGCAAGCACCUCUACCUCCCGUAUUAUCUGAUCCCAGAAAGGCCGUUACCGAAGCUACGACGAUUUUUGUUGAGGGUAAUUCAACGGGUAACUCCGGUCUAUCAACGGUUUCCUUAAAGAUGGAACCCUCCGUAGAAUCAUCGGUGAAGAAGCGAACAGGAGUUCAGAGGCUGAAAAAAUCGGAGGACGUCAUGAAGUCGGAAGCUCCAGUAUGUGGAGGAGAUGCACCAAAAGCGGAAGACAAACUAAAAAAGCUUAGCCUAAGCGUUCCGAAGCGGGACAAGGAUGGCGGCGACUAUACUGAGCACUCUGAUAUAUCAGAAAUCGACCUUAACCUCUUGCAUUCGCUCUCAGCGCUGCCACCCUUACUACAGGAAAGCGGUGAUAAAAAAGAUAGUAAGGGUAUUGAAACACCAACUAUUCCAAAGCAGGAGUCUCCGGCCGAAACUCCUACGAUGGAAGAACCCACUGGGAAUCGCCUAUUGCAGAAAAAUCUACAAGUGUCAUCGAAUAAAGAAACUGCUGCUGGGGCAGAAAAGGGCAAGGAGCUUCUGACACCUAAAAAUCUUAAAACAACAAGCAACGACAGGUCGAGUUUCGAGGUAGCAUCCGUUCCUGAACCCCAGAAGAAGAUUUCGCAUAAACAACAGCGAAAACGUGCACCGUCUAUUCCUUCAAAGAAAAAUACACGAAUCGUGACGAGCGUGCCGGACAAGUCUUCCGGUGAUUCCAAGGCAAUGGACGAUAAGAAGAGCAAAAAAUCGUCUUCGAGUAAACGAGAAUCGCUAGUAAGCAGUUUCGAGGACCAUGAUCCAGAAAGUACGUACGUACCCUGCAAGUCAAAGCUUCCUUCAGCUGAACAUCCGACGCUAGCUUUUUCUAGCCUGCUCAUUGGUACUUCUGAAGUCCUCGACACAGAAAACGAGAGCGACUGUGAUCUUUGGGAAGAUGUAUCGACUACAUCUUGCAGCGAUCUUGACCACUGUGACGAGCUCGAAAAGUCUCGUGAACAAACGAAUCUUCAAAGAGAAUCAAGCCAGCAGCCUGGGCAACACCGAAGUCGAAUCGAAAUCGAUUUCAUCCCAAGCGAGCUCGAUGCUGCUUUACCAGAUCCCAUCAGUUUCACCACUGGCGAUCGCCAUGUCAGUCUUUAUCCCUCUGUAAAUACGAGGGAAGUAACAGCGCCACCUAGCACAACUAAGGGGUCAUCGCCAGCUAAGCAAUCAGCGAAAACCUUCGUUCGACGUAAACCAAAAAGGUAUCCCACCCAACAACGACGCGCAGCUCGGCCUGUAAUUAUUAAAUACGUAUACCAAACAGCUACCUCACAAUACAUCUAUAAGCCAAAUGCUUCGGAAGGCAGCACACUGUCGAAAACAGAAUUUUCUGGCCCUGAUUUGUCUGAAGUCAAUAACGUCACUAAUGGCGUGCUGGUGACCAAAAGAGAAUGUAUUGUAAAGAUUAGUCAGCGAAAGGACGCGUUAAGCACAGAGGGACAACUAGCUGGAAUAAACGAUUUUUGGAAGGCCAUCACAGCUGAUCAUCAUGAUACCGAAUACGUCAACUUAACCCAAAAGGCUCAGGCUGAAUCGACGUUGCGUGACGUUGACACUGAAGCAUUAAAUAAAGUUAAUCCAAAGCACUAUGACGACGUUACCAAGCACAAAGCCGUAAACGAUGAAGUAAGCUUCAACUCACCGUUUGUCAUUGUGCCAUCAGUCGUUCCGACUCCGAACUUUGAUUUCCAAGUUGACCUUGCAAUGGAUUCGACCAUGGAAACAGUAGAGCCAAUCGAACAGUUUCAAAAUCAAUGGAACGACCUGCCCCAUAUCGACAUUAAUUGGGAUGAAUAUGCAAGUACUUCGGGUUCCUCUCCCUUCAUGUCAGAAAAGGACAUCCUAGAAAAGAUUGAAGAUGCUCAAAUGGACAUGCGGAGAAAGCAAAGGGCUCUCAGCAUUAUCCCUGAGUAUCCUGAAGAUGAGUCCGAGGAGGAGAAGGGUCACAAAAUCGUCCUAACUACAAACCUCGACGACGAGUUACCACCGAAAUACGAUUCGGACAAGGAUUGUGAAUUAUCAAUCACUACGUUUCCGCUACAAGGCCAGCAAAACACGGAAAGACAGGACGUAGUGUCUUUCAAUGGAACCGUAUUCCAUUUGCAGGACAUCUCUGAGGAAAGUGAGCACUUCCAAGUGCAUCAUGUAGUCUACCCCACUGAUGCAGAUGAAAGUUUCGAUACCAUCGAUGAAGGUUGCUUUUACGGAAAAAAGGAGCAAUUGAGCUCUGGUAUAUCUUCUAAGAGUAACAAAAAUAUUACUGAUGUUAAAGAUGAAUCAUUGCAGACUACGGACACAGCAGAAUCACAGCCAUUUACCGUUUUAGCCAACUCUGCUACAAAGAAUCCCCCAUCUAGAGUGAAGCUAAACGAAAACUGCUUUUUCAAAGAACUUUGUUCUACACGAACAGAUGUCUUCAUAGAAGAUAGAGCUGACAACAGAAGCAGCUCCGUAGUUGAACAGAUCACCACAAACGAAAAUUAUGAAGGUAGCCCAAUGUUAAAUCCAGCCACGAACACACUUAAAAAAAAAAACAAUGAACUUGAAGACAAAGCUCAAACGAAGGAUAACGAGCCUCCUCACGAUGAAUCUGAAGGCUGUAUAGGGCAAGCCGGUCCUGAAAAGGUUGAUAUUGAGAUUCCUGCUGUGAAAGCAGAGGACACAACAGACAAAGAACCGGCGAUUAGUACCGAAACAUCGAGCGGAAGGGCUUCACCAACAGCCGCAGCUGCUCGCGAAACGCCUAGUAAUGAUAUGGAUACUAAACCAUUCUUGCGGGCAGACUCUCCACCGCAUAUCACGCCAACCUGGCCGGCACAGGAGAACAAAAUCGAAAUUUUGGACAACUCCUUCGAGGACGACGAUCAAGGGGAUGAUAUCACCGGAAAACUCAAUAAAUUAUUACUUCAAGAAUUUGCACGAAGAAGGCAAAACGAAAAGCCAGGUAUUCCAGAAACAUCAGGAACAUGCGAUCUCGAUACUGAUUCCUUUUUUCCCUCUGGAACGGGCUCGUUAAGGGACCUCGACUUCAGGACUAGCGACCCUGAAGUAGACUCUAAACCCAAAGCGAAAGCACUGCCCCUGCCACCCGUUAAUCUCAUUUCACGAAGAUAUUCUGCCGGUGAUGAAAUGGCCUAUCGUAACAUGGCGUCGUCAAGGGAUAGCGCAACCGUCCAAUCGCGUAUCAACUCAACUAGCGUCUUACAAUCCGAAAUCGUGACCAACAAAACAGUAGCCGCUGCAGAAAAGCAGGCACCAGGAAAAAAUGCCGUCAAAACACCACAAGAUACUACUCAGCAGAGCGCGGAUAAGUGGCGGGUCUGGCCAACUGAUUUGAUAACGCCACCUUCUUCGACCCCGCCCUGUACCGGGUCGAUUAAAGGACCUACGCAACAGCCCGUAGGAAUUGUACGAGUGGCUCUCCAACGACCUGCCGCUGAAGGGCCGCCUCAGCUGGCAACAAGGCUAACGCCUUCUAGGCCCGCACCGCUUAGGCCAGUACCUCCGACGCCAAUACCUCCGACAUCUCUGAAAACGGUGAUCAAUCAGCAAACAACAGCGGGUUCUGCCGAAAUUGCGGAUGCCUCAACAGAAAUAGCACCGAGGGAGCCUUUAAAGAGAUUUAGUCCAAUCAGACCAGCACCAAGUCCACCCCUUGCGCCUGAAUUGAACCGGAUUUUAGCAUCAAGUACAAUUCCAUCAGAGGCCAGUAUUAAACAAGGGGAUCACACUGAAUCGUUCAAGGAUGACCAAAUCGCUCAACGGUUUAAUAAAUUCGUAUUUCCAUCGAUUCUUCCACCACUGUCAAAUAUGAAUUCUGAACGCAGGCGAUCUUCUUGUGUGAAGUCGCCGUCUCCGAUUGUAGAAGUACGAUCUAAAGAUGGUAGUCGAGCUCCAAACUCUUCUCCAGCCUCAAAUACUUCGACACGUAGUGAUUCACCCGUGUUUAGCUUGCACCAGUCGGCGCAAGUGAAAGAAACUACUGCUGGCGUUACAUUGACACUAUGCCCAUUAGCGGAACAAUCGGUUCGCGUAAGUUCGCCGUCGGCUGAGGGGGCUUCAGGACAAAGUUUGGAAAGACAAGUCGUGGAUGGCAGCCAAAACGCCGGGGAAGGUCUUACAUACCAGCAAGGAAGACCUGAAAACGAGCCUUCAUACGAAGAGGAUAUGCGCAGACGUCGAAAAACCGUUUCUGAAGACGAAAUGGAAUGCAUCCUUCGACGCACCCUCGACUUCGGGGUUGGAGAAGACCGGUUGAGUCAUCAAACACGUAACAUCGAGGAGAGGCAGGCUUGCCUUUCAGCCGAGGCACGCAUCGUAGAACGCCAGAUAUGGGAGUCGACUAAAGAUUCUCCGAUCAAUGGCGAUUACCCUCGGGUUGUUUUAGAUCCGUCCGUAGGAAAAUAUUAUAUGGCCAAUGAAGCAAAUGCGAAAAUGUUCCGAGGAGACCUUAUUGCUGAUCUCUACCGAAUCCUGAAUGUCAAGAAUCAACUCCGUGACAAGUACAGCCAGCUAAAGUUUCUUCAAUGUUACAACGAACUUCAACGUAAUCAGACGGACAUCGAAGUACGACUACGAAAACUCGCGUGUACUCCCAAUGGAAGGACUGCAACUUUAUCAUUUGAGGAUUACAACUAUGAGCGCGCACUUGUGAAUCGCCUAGUGGAAGUGGUCACUCAGCGAGAUCGUUUGGUAGAGAUGAUGGACGAGCAAAACAAGCGGAAAAAAGCUCUAGCGCACACGUCGCAAAGUCUCAGCGAUCUUGGUUCCGACUCGUUCGGCUUAUUACCGAUGAAAAGCUCGAAAUCCUCGGGCUCGCCCGACAGAACAAACCACGGCAAAGGCAAGAUACGGAAGAAGCGCCACGGAGUGAAGCACUUCUUGAAAAAACAGUACAGCAGUUUAAUCAAGAGGACGGGCUUUGCCCAUUCCGGUAACAGUUGGGAUCGCAUUGAUUUGACUACCCAACAGACCGAGGGGGAAGCCUCUGAUUCAUGCACCGAAUAGGAAAUGCCAGUUACCGCACGUGUCGGAGCGCAAGUUUCUAUAGGUUACGUAACAAUGAUUAUACUUAUAUAAUAAUGAGUAUACUUAAUAAUGAUAAAUUACCUAUUAUAAUAAACGAUAAUUUCUCCAUAAACUAUUGUCAGUUGUUUUAGCCGACGUAUGUUAGAAGAUAUAAUCGCGAAAGUAUUCAGCAGUGUGUAAUUGUUACCUAUGCUGAAUAUGAAGUUACUACACGACGCGUACAUUUUCUAUGCUGCCUAUUAAUUGUAACACGGAAUAAAGAAAACGAAUGAAUUAAUACAAUUAUAUAGGUACAUACAUGUAUACAUUUAUA